GGACCUGCUCGCUCACCGUCGACAGUUUGAAUAAACUUUAUUGGUAGCGGUCCUUGGCGUAACAUGUCAAACAUGGGGGCACGAGUUGCACGUAUGUUCAGAAAUUUCAACCUAGAAAACCGGGUACACCGAGAAAUCUCCAAGGAGAAGCCGCAAGUAGCACCCCGACACGAGACCGGCCUCCCGCCCUCCGCCGCCAGCUCUGAAGCCGCGGAGACGGCGGAGACCGUGAACCGGAGGAACGAGUCUCUGCUGACCUUGCUGCGGUCCGUCUAUGUGGAGUCUACAGACCCGGCAGCAGCAGAGGCACCAAAGGAAGUGGCGGCGGAUAAAGCAGCGGAGCGGCGGCCGCUAAGGUUCAGUUUACCGGGGGACGUUUACGGCCUGGUGGAGCUCACAGACGUUCCUAAAGGCAAGCUGACCAUCGCUGAGGCUCUGAAGGCCCUGAGCAGCCACCGCCGCCAGCCCCAGACAUGGACACCGCAUAAGAUCGCUCAGGAAUAUUCUCUGGACUUGAAGGACACAAAAGCUCUUCUAGAGUUCUUCAUCCCCUUCCAGAUUCAGAUCAUACCACCCAAGUCUGAAAAUGCCAAGCAGAUCAAGGCUUCGUAGGACUGCACUGUAGAAGAAUGGUAGACAAUCAACAAAAUAUGACUCACUCCACUUAUUUAUGUACAUAAAUUCAUCGCAGUGGGAGAGUCACUCAAGUUUCUCAAGCCUGGGGUCUGGACCCAAUAUGGGGUUUCUAGAUAUGUAGAUGGACUCAUGGGAUGUGUCUUACGUUUUACUGAUAUAUAGUCAAUCUUGGAACCCGUCAGCUAUUGGUCAAAUGAUGAUUCAGACUAAGUGGGCAAAGGUAAAUAACAGCUAGUAGGUCUGGUAAGUUCAGAAUAUACAUCACUUUACUGUAAAGCAGCCUUUAAAACCAGGGAAAGACAACACGUGUCAUAUCACUCUAUUCAAAAUGUAAGAUACCUAGCCUCACGUAUCAUUGUCGAUUAUAAUAUUGAUAUAUUUCCCAGCCCUAGUUGAAAUUGAGAGACAAUGUCUCUAUGAACAGAUAUCUGCAUAUAAAAAAAGCCAAAUCCUAGCUGAUGGGUUACCAGAUUGCAUUUCGGCAAAUGCGUUCCGCCUCCUUUGCUCUCCACGUGGACGGUUUACCUGCAUGCAACCAAAGCUCGCUCAAACGUGAUUGGUCACUACUACUCGGGCUCCAAGCCCAAACUAGAACGCUUCCAAUACCAAAAUCUUGUCCCGUUGCCUUCAGAUGCAGAUAUCUGUUUGUAGAGAUUAAUAUAUAGCAAAUGAAAAUAAUCAAAUUAAUAAAGAAGUACAAAUAUUUAA